AUGGCGGACCAAGACAACGAGGACAAGAGUUCUGCUUCUAACAAAGCAAAGAAUCACAACAAGUACCGUCGUGACAAGCCAUGGGACAAUGAUCAGAUUGAUCAUUGGAAUUGGGACGAACACAAAUGGGAUCCUGAAAAGGACAAGCUUCCCGGUGGGCACUUGCUCGAAGAAUCUUCGUUUGCCACCCUGUUCCCAAAGUACCGAGAAACCUAUCUGAGACAGAUUUGGCCCGUUGUGACACGAGCAUUGGAUGGCGUGAAAAUCGCCUGCGAAUUGAAUCUAGUGGAAGGUAGCAUGACGGUGCGGACUACCAACCGAACGUCGGAUCCCUUUGUCAUUCUCAAGGCUCGAGAUUUACUCAAGCUCCUGGCACGAUCCAUCCCCGUGGCACAGGCACUCAAGAUAUUACAAGACGAGUGGCAUUGUGAUAUUGUCAAAGUUGGAGGUCUCGUCCGAAACAAGGAACGAUUCGUCAAGCGACGACAACGACUGGUCGGACCCGAGGGUUCUACCUUGAAAGCACUCGAAAUCUUGACGGGCUGCUACAUUCUCGUACAGGGAAAUACGGUAUCCAUCAUGGGAAGUUCCUUCCAGGGAAUCAAACAAGCAAGACGUGUCGUCGUUGACUGCAUGAACAAUAUCCAUCCGGUCUACAACAUUAAAAAAUUAAUGAUCCAAAAGGAACUCGCCAAGGAUCCCAAACUCCAAAACGAAGAUUGGUCACGAUUCUUGCCACAGUUCAAAAAGAAAAAUGUACCCCGCAAAAAGCCACAACAGAAAAAGAAGGAAAAGAAGGCAUACACGCCCUUUCCACCCGCCCAAACACCCCGCAAAAUCGAUAUUCAGUUGGAAACGGGAGAAUACUUUGCCACGCAACAGGCACAAGAGCAAAAGAAAUUGGCGACGCGCAAAGCAGCCGCCAAGGAAACAUCGCAACGCAAGCGAUUGGCACGAGAAGAAGAAGAAUCCAAAGUGUUCAAGUCGACCAAAAGCGAAGAACGCAAACAGAAAAAGAGAAAGAAGACCGACGUUCAAGUGGACCAGCUCAAACAGAAACUGGAAAAGGCCGGAGGUCCCAAUAGUAGCCAAGCGCGUGCGUCCAAAGUGUCCGAUUUCAUUGAGUAG